UCCCUGCUGACUUGGGCCAGCUCUGGCCGGCACCACCUGGUGAGCUCAGCGAAGGCGAUUGGAAGGUCAUCACCGAGGGCUGGGCACCUGCUGGGCCCUGUAAACCUUUCCUGGGGCCAGCUGCCAGCUGGGGCGCACUGGGAUGGACCAGGGCUGCCCACCCCCCGAGGGCACUGGUCCCAUUGGGUGGACCCUGAAAGGUGCUUUGCCGUGUAAAGACAGCUCUGGCAGAAGGUGGAGGGGGUGAGGCUGCCCCAGCUGAGGUGUGAUGGGAAAAUGAGCAUUCAAACCUGAGGACGGCUGGUUUUAUAGCUUUACUGGUCGAAAAUCAUCUUUGAUUCUAGGAAUGUAACACUGCAUCAUUACACAGCUAUCAUUUGGGGUGCGUUGGGAACUAGGGUCAUGGGAGCUGGGGAUCUUCUAACUUGGAAAUCGUCACCACUAGGUUUGAAGGAAGUGCGGCCCUCCCCUCGGACGCUGUUCUCUUCCUUUCUGGGCACAGAUGGAGCCCCGAGGCGGUGGGAGCUCCCAGGUCUCCUGGGGCAGGGUCAGCAUGGGCAGGGUGGUGCCCGGGGCCUGAACCCACGGAGACCCCACCGGACCCAUUCUGCUGCCCUCCAGUGCCUCUGCUGACCCCACAUGGAAAAUUUCCAGUACAGCGUCCAGCUGAGUGACCAGGACUGGGCCGAGUUCUCAGCCACCGCCGAUGAGUGUGGCCUCCUGCAGGCCGGCCUGGCCUCUGGGGACGAGCCCUUGUCCAGUGACAUUGACCAAGGGGACAGCAGUGGCAGCAGUCCCCCCAGGGCCCCACCUCUCCCAACUGGGCAGCCAGCUGCAGGAGGGCGGAGCUGGCGGGGCUGCGAGGAGGAGGAUGUGGCCACACAGCAGCCGGUCAGCAGGUCUCAGUGUGAGCCUGUCCUGGCCCUGGGGACCGGUCAGCAGACACCCAGCACGUCCGCACGGGCAGAAGCUCCACCAUCCCUCGACCCCGGCGCCAGCCCUCCCGGCCAGUGCUCAUCCUGCCCUGGUCCGGCGUCUUCUGGAGACCAGAUGCAGAGGCUUCUGCAGGGCCCUGCCCCACGGCCCCCUGGUGAGCCCCCUGGGAGUCCCGAGUCCCCUGGCCACAGCACUGGCUCCCAGAGGCCCCCUGAUAGCCCUGGAGCCCCACCACGGAGCCCCAGUCGAAAGAAGAGGCGAGCUGUGGGUGCCAAGGGGGGUGGGCAGGCAGGAGCCUCUGCUUCUGCCCGGAUGGGCUCCCCGCUGCUCCCUGCGGCCAGUCCUGAGAUGGCAAAGCUGAUGGCCAAAGCCGGGCAGGAGGAGUUGGGGCCAGGUCCUGCAGGAGCUCCUGAGCCUGGCCCCAGGUCCCCUGUGCAGGGAGACAGACCAGGGCCAGGUUUGGGCCUGUCUACACCUGUCCCUGUGACUGAGCAAAGCACAGACCAAAUCAGAACCCCCCGCCGAGCCAAGCUGCACACAGUGUCCACGACUGUCCGGGAAGCCCUCCCAGAUGUCUCAAGGGCUAAGUCAGACAUGGCUGUGUGUACACCCGCCUCUGAGCCGCAACCUGACAUGGACAUGGCUGUGUCUACACCUGCCUCCGAGCCGCAACCUGACAGGGACAUGGCUGUGUCUACACCUGCCUCCGAGCCGCAACCUGACAUGGACAUGGCUGUGUGUACACCUGUCUCCGAGCCACAACCUGACAGGGACAUGGCUGUGUCUACACCUGCCUCCGAGCCGCAACCUGACAGGGACAUGGCUGUGUCUACACCUGCCUCCGAGCCGCAAUCUGACACAGCUGUGUCCACACCAGCUUCUGAGCCUCAGUCCAGUGUGGCUCUGUCUACACCCAUCUCCAAGCCACAACUGGACACGGACAUGGCUGUGUCCACACCUGCCUCCGAGCCGCAGCCUGACAUGGCUGUGUCCAUACCUGCCUCCAAACAUGGCCUAGAUGUGGCCUGGCCUACAGCAGGCCCAGUGGCUAAGCUAGAGGUGGCUUCAUCUCCACCUGUCUCGGAGGCUGUGCUGAGGAUGACCGAGUCCAGCGGGCUUGUGUCUACACCUGUUCCCAGAGCUGACGCCGCUGGCCCCGCCUGGUCUCCCACCUGCAGAGCUGGGCCUGAUGUGGUGGAGACGGAGGUUGUUGUGUCUGAGCCCUCAGCAGGGGCCCCUGGAUGCUGCUCUGGGGCACCCACACUGGGUCUCACCCAAGUCCCCAGGAAGAAGAAAGUGCGCUUCUCCGUGGCUGGACCUGGCUCCUCCGUAGCUGGGCCUGGCUUCUCCGUGGCUGGGCCCGGCCCCAACAAGCCAGGCUCAGGAGAGGCCUCAGCCUGGCCCUCAGCCCCCCAGACAGCAACUGGGGGCCACGGGGGGCCCGGAGCCUGGGAUGCUGUGGCCGUCAGGCCCCGGACCCACCACCCUCGGAUCCUCAAGCACCUGCCUCGCCCCCCUCCCUCUGCCGUGACGAGGGCCGGGCCCGGGAGCAGCUUUGCCCUGAACCUCCCGGAGGCCUACGAGUUCUUCUUCUGUGACACCAUCGAGGAAGACGAAGACGACGAGGCGGCAGCAGCCGGUCAGGAUCCGGCAGGCGUCCAGUGGCCAGACAUGUGCGAGUUCUUCUUCCCAGACGGUGGAGCCCAGAGGUCGAGGCAGAGAGGGCCCCCGGAGCCGCUCCCGAGAGCUGAUCCUGUGCCGGCCCCCCUACCUGGAGACCCCGUGCCCAUCUCCAUCCCUGAGGUCUAUGAACACUUCUUCUUCGGGGAGGACAGGCUUGAGGGCGUGCUGGGGCCGGCUGACCCGCUCCCGCUGCAGGCCCUGGAGCCUCCCCGGUCGGCCUCCCAGGGGGCGGGGCCUGGGACCCCCCUCAUGCCAGCCGUGGUAGAGCGGCUCCACCUGGCUCUUAGACGGGCAGGGGAGCUCCGGGGGCCUGUCCCAUCAUUUGCCUUCAGCCAGAAUGACAUGUGCCUGGUGUUUGUAGCCUUUGCCACCUGGGCUGUGAGGACAUCAGAUCUGCAUACCCCAGACGCCUGGAAGACAGUCUUGCUGGCCAACAUCGGCACCAUCUCUGCCAUCCGCUACUUCCGCCGGCAGGUGGGGCAAGGGCGCCGCAGCCGCAGCCCAAGCUCCUAG